UACACAUCCAUCAUCAUCGCAAUGCUUUUGAGCGUUGACGCACCAACAUUCACUUUCCAUUUCACAGAUGAUGUAGCCUUCCGUGCCGCAUGGACAACAAUCUCACAAAUCCCACUUGUCUACCUUCUCUCGGCGAAACGCGGUCCUCUCAACUAUCUCACCGGUCUGACGUACGAGCGCAUCAACUGGAUGCAUAAAUUCGUAGGAAGAAUGGUCUUUGUCUCGGCAACUACCCAUAUGGCCAUCAUGCUAUCCUCAAUCUCGAUGUCUGAGCUCACAAGCUCACAUGACGACGCCAUGCAAGUUGUCCGUUACGGCGCCGGGGCGUAUGUGUUGCUGCUUUGGAUUGCCGUCUCGAGCGUCAUAGGGGUAAGAAAGAGAUGGUACCGCUUCUUUUACAUCAACCACUGGAUCUCGACCAUCGUGUUCCUGGGACUUGCGUUCAACCACGUUCCCAGUUACGCGCGACUGCCCAUCUAUGCUUCCAUUGGACUUGUUGCAACAGACAAGAUGCUUGUCACUUUUGGGUACCUCUUACUCAACAUGACCAUCCGUCCCAUCAGAACGAAAUUCAAGAAGAUGUGGUUCCCACGCCUAGGCUCGCUUGAAGUACAUCCUUUCACACCAGCGACGUGCUCCGACUUUUCAAAUGGACGGGAAAUUGAAAGCCAAGAUGCGGAAGAGCAUGGUCUGCUACCCAUGGAGUCAACAACACAACCGAACGACAUGAUCUUGAUGGUCAAAGCGCACGAUGGACUGACUAGAAGACUUGCAGACUACCGUGACCAGUGGCGAUCUCUUCCCUGUCCAAACGCAAGUCAGCCGAGCUCUUCGCUCAUUGCGUUCAUUGACGGCCCAUACGGAGAAGGCCCAGUUUGGGAAGACUACGAAAACAUAGUCAUGCUUUCCACCUCGACAGGCGUAUCGUUUAUGUUGUCGGUUCUCAACUACCUUGAGCAUUUUUCAUUUGCAAACAAAGGGCGUCUGCGUACGCGACAAAUUCACUUCGUUUGGGUGAACAGGCAUAUCGAGCCAGUCUUCGAGUCGACCAUCACCGAGCUGUUUUGCAGGAAUAGCACUGCGCUUCGUGAUUCCGGUAUAUCGGUGAAAGCUGACUUCUACAUCACAUGUUCUGCCUCCACAGAGCCGGACGCCUGCGACAUCGACCCGUUUGCACACCUGCGUCGCUCUAGAGGAAGAUCGCUCAUUGGCAAGCCCCCUCUACGAAUCAGGAAUCCAAACAAUCCAGAUGAUUGGAAUUCGGAUGCAGAGUCGACACAUACGUUCCAAAACAGCCCACGAACAAGUAGUGACAGAAGCAGUCGCUCGAGCGAGGACACCUAUGUUGAAGAAAGGACGGAGGAACAACGACCCUGCCUCUCUGAGUUACAAUCUAUCGACAAUAAACUUGAGACAUCUUACUGGGCCAGAUUUAAACUAUCAAACUUGGUCCGCAAGGCACAGAGACAGCCUGAGAGAUGCCAGUGUGCGCUACAGCAGCACCAAGAGCGUAAAAGCAGAGUACGACAGUUGCCACCAUUCUUGUCGAGACAUUAUGGCACAAGACCGGACACUGAUACUAUACUGAACGCUGCUGUACCGCGAACGAUGCUAGCGAAGACAAUGGUCACCACCUGCGGUACGAGGCUAGGCAGUGAUAUAAGGAAGGUGGUCUCACAGAUAAACAUAGACUAUGCAUUGGGGAAGAGAGAAUCAGGAGUGCAGUUCUGGGACGAGAGCAUGUCAUAA